AUGUCCGCCUUUGAGGACGACGUCGAGGCGAUCCCCGAGCCUGCCACCGAGCCGAGCACUUCGGCGUUGCGGCACAAUAACCCGGACCGUGACCUCUCGCCAGAGCCCGACCAGGACCUGAACACCUCCCGCGGUGCACACCAGGUCUGGCUCGUCAAGGUCCCCAAAUUUCUCAUUGACGGAUGGAGCCAGGUGCACCAGGACGAUGUGCGCCUCGGCACGGUGCGCGUAUACGACCCCGACAACGAGGGAAACCAGCGCAUGGAGCUGCUGCUCCCAGACGGCCCCCAGCCCGCGAUUCCGGUCACGGACCCGAGCCAGCGUGCACAGUACAGCCACGUCCCGCGUGCCUACGAUAUGCGGCUCACGUCGAGCACGCAGGAUACGUACGUGAAAAAUUUGUACGCGUUCCAGGAGCAGCUCCUGGAUGACGACGAGGGCAGCGAUGCCAACGACGACGACGAUGUGGCGGAAAUGAGCGCGACCGACUUUUACCGCAAGCGCGCCCUCGGCGCGGGGCCCGCCCGUACGCCGAACAAGAAGAAACGUGUCACUGCGCUCACCGGCACCGUGUCGAACGAAACCGCACUGCAGCCGAAGCGCACGAUGCCGGUCAAGGCCGAGUCCAAGAAGCCGAUGCUCGGCUCGCGCUCGCUGAUCACGCCCGAGUACCGCGAGAUCCUCCGCAACCGCCACAAGAGCUCGACGACGCCAAAGCGCAGCGUCAAGAUGAUGGAGGAGUCGGACGCGGGUGUGAACAAUAUGCUUGCUGCGGGUGUCGGCAAGGGCCACGUCAAGUCGCGUGCGGCGAACCUCGUGGCGCAGGCCUCGCAGGCGCGCUCGAACCAGCCCCCGGAGAAGUUUGCGCGUAUGCCCCGCAACGAACUGCUCGACCUGCUCUUUACGCUCUUUGACCGCUACAAGCACUGGUCGCUCAAGCGGCUGCGUGAGGAGACGCAGCAGCCGUACGACUACCUGCGCCAGGUCCUGCAGUCGAUCUGCGACCAGCACCACAACGGGCCGUACGCAGGUACGUGGAGCCUGAAGCGGGAGUACAGCGAGGCACGGCGCGAGGAGCCAUCGUCUAGCGCCGCGCCCGCGCCGCCAAAGUCAAAAGAGGGCGAGGAUGCCGACAUGGAAGACGUGAUCUGA